UUCUUCAACGACCUUCAUCUCUCUCCAUCUUCCCCAUUUCUGGCAAAGAAAGAUUGAUAUGUAUCCCACCUCCAAUUCAUCUUCCGCAUCUCAGACUUCAGGAGGAGAUCCUAACGCCAUCAAUGGCAGUAACGUUAACGGCGGUGGGGGAGGAGCACAGCAAGGCCUCGCUCGCUACCGUUCUGCUCCCGUCUCCUUUUUAACCACCACCGUAGACUCCGUCAUCAAUGGACAAACCCAACAUACCACCGUCGGAAAUCACAAUAUGGUUGGCGGAGGCGGAACCCCUACUCGCUUCUUCUCACCUCCAGAUUCGACAUCUUCGCAGCUCUCCACCGGAGAUCGGUUACCAACCACCUCAUUCCGUUUAAACGAGUUCGCAACCGCUUUUAAUGGUUUGAAAGGUACAUCUCAGACUCCGUCUCCGUUAUUCCGGCACGGCAGCUCCCCCGCCGGUUUUCUCAACACUCUUGUUUCUUCUACUCCCACUGACGGAAGGGGUUCAAGAUUAAGCUCUCAACUUAGUUUCACUGGAACAAGUUCUUUUUCUCAAAUAUCCGAAGAGAACGACAUUGCAAAUUCCCUAAUGUUUUCAAACUCAUCGCAUAACAAAAGAGCUAAACUUGACAUCAGUGGUCUCAAUGUCAUGGAUUCUGAGCUUAAUUUUGGGCUAUCAGAAUCUGCUCUAGAGGCAGCCACGAUGGAGAAGAUGAUGGACCUUCCUCAUGAUUCUGUCCCUUGUAAAAUCCGUGCCAAGCGUGGUUGCGCUACUCAUCCCCGGAGCAUUGCAGAAAGGGAAAGAAGAACAAGAAUAAGCGGGAAGCUGAAGAAGUUGCAAGAUCUUGUUCCAAAUAUGGAUAAGCAAACAAGCUAUUCAGAUAUGUUGGACCUGGCUGUACAACAUAUAAAAGGCCUUCAAACUCACGUUCAGAGCCUUAACAAUGAACUCCAAAAUUGCUCGUGUGGAUGCAAACCCAAAUGAAAAUUAUACUGAUGCAACAAGAUAUUGAAGGGAAAUCUCGUAGGGUAACACAUGAUGUUGAGAUAGACAUCCAAGGGAUCAUAAGAGCGUCAUUGUUCACGUGAAAACGACUAAACGACCAUGGAGUUACAUUCAAUGGAAAGCAAGUUAACUUUAGCUUUGGUUUAAUAUACGUGUUCUUUUGUAUCUUCCAAUCUGCAGCACAACCUAAUAUACGCACAUUUAAUUCUUGAUUAGGAUAUUUAUGUA